CAAAAUCAUCCGUGUUUUGAGUCAUUUCCGAUCAUCUUCAAUUUUGUCCCCUGCUUCCCACAAGGCCCCAAUUUGUGAUUGCUUCUAGUUGCGAAAAAAGAGUGCAGCCAACAUGUUCCGCACAUCCAUUUUCGACAAAAGCCUAGAAAAUGCCACCAGCAACCUUAAUCUGGAACCCGACUGGCAGGCGAUACUGGUCAUUUGUGAUACGAUCCGACAGGGGGACGUAAACGCAAAGUAUGCGGUGCAGGCACUGAAGAAGAAGAUGGCCUCACCUAACCCAAUCACGGCCCUGUACGCCCUGCUGGUGCUGGAGAGUAUGGUGAAGAACUGUGGUUCUCCGGUGCACGACGAGAUCGCCAACAAGGCCAACUGCGAAAUGUUCCAGAAUCUCGUGAACAGCACGAAGCACGAGGAGGUGCGAGCGAAAAUGCUCGAGUUGAUUCAGACCUGGGCUUUCGCGUUCCGUUCCACCAUCAAGUACCGCUCGAUAAGGGAUACGAUGAACAUUCUGAAAACGGAGGGCCACAAGUUCCCGGAGCUGAAGGAGGCCGAUGCCAUGUUCUCAUCCGACAUCGCACCGGACUGGGUGGAUGGAGAGGUGUGCCAUCGCUGCCGUUCGCAGUUUACCUUCACCGUGCGGAAGCACCACUGUCGUAACUGUGGCCAGGUGUUCUGUGCGCUGUGCUCCUCGAAGACGAGCACGCUGCCCAAGUUCGGCAUCGAGAAAGAGGUGCGCGUAUGCGACGGUUGUUUCGCGCAGCUCCAACGUCCAACGGCUACGCUGACGAAAAAGUCGACCGAAGAAGAGGAUCUGCCGGCCGAAUAUCUGACGAGUUCGCUGGCCCAACAAGCGCAAGGACCAGCGCGUAAGACGGACGAAGAGCUACGCGAAGAGGAAGAGCUACAGUUGGCGCUCGCCCUUAGCCAGUCGGAAGCGGAAACAAAGCAAGCGCAAGCUCAAACGCGUCGUGCUCCCACGUUCCACAAGUCACCGUCUCCUGAACCGCAGGUGGCCGCUACGGUUGCGGCACCGAUCAAGCGGAGCCCAUCGCCAGUCGAAGAACCACCGACCGAUCCGGAGUUGGCUCGUUAUUUGAAUCGCAAUUAUUGGGAACAGCGACAGAUGAUGGAAUCACCGGCCUCCCCGUCCGCUCCCAGUCCCAUGCCAAGCCCAAUGCCCUCCUUGCAGCCGAGUCUGUUGCUAAAGGGCGCUCCGGAGGAUAUAGAGAUUGAUGAUUUUUCCAACUCGAUGAAAACGCAGGUAGAGAUCUUUGUCAACCGAAUGAAAUCCAACUCCAGCCGUGGUCGAAGCAUCUCAUGCGACAGUGCCGUUCAGACGCUGUUUAUGAAUCUGACCUCGCUGCAUGCCCGGUUGCUUACGUUCAUCAAGGAUAUGGAUGAUAAGCGGAUGUGGUACGAGCAGCUGCAGGAUAAGUUGACCCAGAUCAAAGACUCCCGGGCGGCACUGGAUGUGCUGCGUCAGGAGCAUCAGGAAAAGUUGCAGCGCAUCGCCGAGGAGCAGGAACGCCAACGGCAGCUGCAGAUGGCCCAGAAGCUGGAGAUAAUGCGCAAGAAGAAGCAAGAGUACCUGCAGUACCAGCGGCAGGUCGCACUACAGCGUAUACAGGAGCAGGAGCGGGAGAUGCAGAUGCGCCAGGAGCAACAAAAGGCUCAGUACCGCAUGGGAACGGCUUUCCCAUUCAUGCCUGCACCAGGCCCUGGACAGCAGGGACCACAGGGCUCACCAGUACACGUGGGCAUGCCUGGACCGUACCCAGGGCCCGCCUAUGGCUAUGCUCCGAUGCCACCAGCCAACGGUACGCUUCCUCACUAUCAUCCACAGCAACAGCCUCAGCAACCACCACAACAGCAACAACAGCAACAGCAGCAGCAACAACCUCCUCCGCAGCAACUGUUCUCACCACAGCACGCCGGUCAGUACGCAAUGCCCGGAGCGACUGCACCGGGGGCUGAGGGAGCACCGAUGCAGGCCGGUCCCGGUAUUAUACCGCCGGGAAUGAAUGUUAUGCAUGGACAGGUACCGCCACCGGGUGCAAUGGGUAUGCCUGGUGCUCCUCCUAUGAUGGGACCACCGCCACAGCAGCCUCCACAACAGCCACCGGCGAUGAUGAGUGGUCCACCGGUCCCAAUCCCGGGUUCCGAGCAACCGGCGGGUCAACAACAGCCGCCUCCGAUGCCACAACAAAUUCCCCAACAUCCGCAGCCUGCUGCUGCAGUUCCAGUCCCUACGCAACAGCCACCGCCUACUGCUCUUCCAUCCGAACCAACACCGGUACCAUCACAACCGCAACCAUCGGCCACUGCACCGGAGCCGGCAACGGCUGAGCUAAUAAGUUUCGAUUAAGUGAACCACUGGCAUCUUGACUGUGCCCCUCCUUUGGCUUGGCCUGUUUAACUAUUUGCUAAUAUACUCCGUUGGUUAAUAACCGCGUGUAUCCUCCUAGCUGUGUCGCUAUGCAUAUUCCCGAAUAAAUGAUUAGAUAUUCUACUCUCUGAAAA